AGUAAUUUAGUCUUGUGCAGAGCAGCGAAAUUACUGCCAAAGGCACAAACAAAGGCUGGAAAAUGCCCUUCAAAGUUGAAAUUCAACCCCUUUGGAAUCUUCAAGUUAAAGAAAGCUUCAACACACUCCUUGUCGGGCGUACAUUCAGACACAGCAAUGCCAGUCUACUGCUUGGAUCUGAAGAUGGUGUAGUCAGGAUGUACCAGAUUAACUCCUUAACUCCUGCAGAAAUCAGCAAUGCAAAGCCUAACCUGAUCCUUGAAACAAAGGGAGGUCCAAUACAAGCCAUGACCAUCCAUAACAUUGCCAAUUUUGGCUCGUUGGAGCUGAUAACUGCAGACUCCCGUGGAAUGAUCACCAUCUUCAGCAAGCAACAGAUCCUGGACAGGAGGAGUGUAUCUGAUCAUGGUUUGAACAGUCUUCAGGUGGACAAAGAUGCUGCUGGUAACUUAGAGAUCGUUGCAGGAGACUUAGAGGGCCAAGUGCAUGCAGUUGUACCAUUCUCAAAUCUUUGGAAGCUUAGGCUUAAGCCAACAAACAACAGACCUCAAAAAGAUAACAAGACUCAACCGCAAUCUGCUGAAGGGGUAAGUCAGCUUCUAGCAGCGAGACUGUACAGCAGUACUUCUGGGAUAGCUACAAACUACAUCCUUGCAUCUGAUAGGGCUAAAAAUCUUCACUUCAUUCAGCAAGGUGCACUAGUUCUCACGUUACCAGCAGUGACAUCCAUUAAAGCUAUGUGCAGUGGCUAUUUCAUGUCCCUCCCAGAGGAGACCGACAUCCCUGAGAUCAAGAAUGGAAUAGACCACCAAGUUGCUCUGGGUGGAGAGGAUGGAACAAUAUCCAUCUUGUCAAAUUUCAAGAUAUCUGAGUUGCAGUAUGCCAAUGUUCAUUUGCCGAUCACCCAGAUGCUCCGCCUUCCGUCAGUACAGAAUGAUGGCAAGGACUCCCUCUUGUGUUCGGGACAUUUCAACUCUGUUUUUCUGUAUCAUUCAGCAAUAUGCCUUGCAAAGUACCAGACCUCUGACUGGGUGAUAGCCAUGUCUCUCUCAGAAGUGGAUAAGGAAGGAAAACAAGAGGUCGUGAUUGGCUGCAGAGACAAGAAUAUUACAGCCAUCAAGGUCACAUGAUGCAGGAGCAACAUUGUGAUUGGGUAGGAGUAUCGUAGUCAAGUCGCUGGGCCCAGAGACGCAAACCUGGAGGAUGCUUUUGAUUACAUUCAUUCAGGUCUUGGGGCUGAGACCAAUACCAAAAUAUCAACAGCCUGAGACUUGUCUUGCUACAUCACUGUUGGCUGGAAAGGACUUCUUGUCAAGUUGGUCAUCUUUACAUUGCAUAUGCAUUAUUCAGUGAAAGUGACAAAGCAAUGGCCUUUAGGACAAGAACUAAGAGCAAGGAGACUCAAAGGCCAUACCAUCAAGACAUGUCCCCAGAAUUGAAGACCAAGCUGUCAAGCCACAACCAAGAAGUGGAGACCUGGAUUUUGCUAGAGAAAUAAAGAACAAAUUGCCAAGUUGGCGAUGUGUACUCUUCAUGUUCUAUACUCAUCAGUGGCAAUGACAAGCUAAAGCCUGCAGUCCUAGAUUGAGGAACUACCUCUUUGUUAUAAGACUAGGACUUCGAAACAAAAGGAUGAGACCACGGAAUGCAUGGAUUGACUACGGAAUAGAAAUUACAAUCCUGAACAAUCAGAUCAAGAUUCUAAAUGUAAAACAAGACUCCACUCUAUUUUGUUCGGGGGGGGGGGGGGGGGGGGGGGGGGUUAAUAUAUAAAAUAUUAGGUCAAUAUGCAUGUUAUAAUUCCACAAUUUACGUUAGAACAUAUUGGGGGACCAGAACAAAAUUUGGGGGUUCUUAUUUACCAGGAGUGUCAAACCCUGCCAAGAACUGAAGACUGAUCUUAACCUAUGUUAAGUGGUGUCCUGUCAUAGCAUAUUCUGUGUCUGCUGCUUGAUGCUGUUAGUCAGCAUUCAGAUGGUCCAAAUAUCAAGCCUAUGUGCAUGAGAGAAUUUAGUACCGGGUAGUCAAUGUGAUAUGUGACUUUUGCACUCUGCCUUGCUUCUUUCUUUUGUAAGUUGUCUUUUCCCCCAGACGGCUAUGUACAAGUUCAGAAUGCAUUAUCAUUCUGAAACUAGCAGAGAAUAAUAUGCAGACCUUUAAAUGAUAUAUUACCAAAUUUCAAUCAUAAAGAACAUUGAUCUAACAACUAAGGAUCUCUUAUAGUACUUCUCACUAUAAUCAUGACCAUAAAUGUAACUUAUGGCUUAAAAGUCAUUAAAUCAAGCUCAAUGUUCACAGUGCUGACAUAGACGUUGAAUGAAAAUUAAGUUUUUAAUAAAUGAUGUGAUUCAGAUACAGUAUGAGAAAAUGAGUUGUGCUGUUGUGCAGACUUUGAAUACAUCCCAACAUUUUCUUUAUAACCGUAUGGUUAAUCUUGUAGCACCUGUUAAUUAUUGUUCAUUUCUAAUGGCAGCAAAAUAUGUAUUGUUUUUUAAUUGUGCAAAUAAAAGUUCAAAUUUACUGGUGUGUUGAUUGGACAAUGCAUGUAA